CAGCUAUGCGUGCACUCAAAGACGCCUGCGUUGUUUCUUGCUGUCGUGUAUAUGAUGCGACUACAUGUCUUGUCACACGUAUCGGUUCUUCUGAGUGCCCAUCAGCUGUCUAAAGUGUGAACUUAAGUUUGCAGGCAGAAUGGGUAGAAGUUACAUUGUAGAAGAAGCGGUGGAGAAAUAUCUUUGUGAACUUCAGACACCACCUGGAUCGUGUGUCACGGGACUCCUUGUUGGUCAGUCGUCCCCUCAGCGAGAUUUUGUAGUGUUGGCCGUACAGACUCCUCACAGGGAGAGUGAGGGUCCUGCAAAAGCUUCGACUAGGGGGAGUCCACUAGAUGACAUCGAUGUGGAAUGGGUCACAGAACAUGCUAGACAGGUAUCCCGCAUGUUACCGGGAGGUCUCAGCAUCCUUGGCCUGUUUUUGGUAACCCCACCUGAACUCUCUAAAGAUGCCCAGAACACUCUUAAAAGGCUUAUAUUUGCUGUGGAUAAAUAUAUAACUAAAGGAAGACUAUGGGAGCUCACAGAGGAGGACGUGACAGAUCGAGUCACACUGCACAUUUGCUCCAACACAAAGAAAGCUGUCUGCAGAACAUUUGAUGUGAAAGAUCCAAAGAGUUCAGCCAAACCAGCCGACUGGAAGUAUCAGACAAGCGUCUUGUCAUCCUGGCCCAUGUUAACCUGCUCUGUUGAGCUCGAUGUGCACAUCCCUGUGACUGAAUCUGCCUCUAAUAGCACCGAAAAGUGCAUACAGGAUGGUCUUAGGAAAUGGGCUAAGCAGAUUGAGGCUGGUCACUGUCUCAUAAAUGGUAAACGGGCAUUCGAUGACUCUGAAUUUAUUUCAGGACAGAAAAAGAAUCCAAAGAUUACCCAGCGUCAAACACUCCCAGCACGCAUCCUUGUCUCUGAGGAGCAGCCAGAGGUGGAUGAGAGAUCCAGCGCACAGAUUCAAGUGUGUAAUGUUUCGGCGAGAGUUCAAGGGGUGGUGCACUGCAGAGCCUACAUCCACAACAAUAAACCUAAAGCCAGACAUGCAGCACAGGCCAUCAAGAGAGACAUCAUAAAUACAGUUUCCUGCAGAGUGGAGAUGUUUCUGGAGGAUCUUUUAAUAAGCGAGGGAAGACAAAAAGGCCCAUGCAGUGGACGGCAGGCUCUUCCUCGACGUGUGUUUGUCCCUGCGCCCUGCUCUGGUCUGUCUCUGUGUGACUACAUGUUUCCAGAUGAAAGCACAGGUGAUGUGGCCGAGCGUCUGAAAGAGAUGCUGGACUGGGACACCCCAGAGACGGACAUAGAUAUUACUUUGGAGACCAAUCACUUAUUUUGCUCUGAGGGAAUUGACAGUCACGGUGACUCCAGUAAACAUUUCACUUCAGAAGUUGGAACUCCCAAAAUCCAGAAAGCCCCUCAAUACUAUGCUGGUGUGGCAGUGGCAGCAGCUGUUGCUCUUCUUGCUACGGCAACAUCCCUGCUGUAUUUUAAUGAGUAACACUGCACACUUCAUGUAUGUAUGAGUGUGUGAGUGUGUAAGUGUAUGAGUGUAUAAGCUUGUAUGUUUGAGUGAUAUGGAAUUAAAUGGUCUUAUCUAUGCUUUCAAUCAAAUCAUUGAAUAUGCACUUCAAUUCAUUUUUAAUUUAAAAAAGGCCUCCGAAAUGGCUUGUUAAAUGAUAUUGAAUUCUUUAUAAUUGUUGGUAAAGUCUAUUAAUUGCUUAAUUACAAUUUUAUAACAAAUACAAUUUUUAUUUUAUUUUAGAUUUUGAAAGAACCCUUACUAGUGGCAUGUGCUCCAUUAACAGAUAAAAAGUUUAUAUUUCAUCAGCUUCCUAAAAUGUCUGUGGUUUGCCCUGUGUUUUCUAUGAUAUUCUGCCCUGAGUCAUUUUAAAACCAGUCUGUUCUGGCUUCUGCCAGCUCCUCUGUAUUGAAGAAAUACAGGAACUGAUCCCUUAAAUGAAACAGAAAAUCCCCCCGGGCAAGAAAUAUAAUUGGUUUUAUCCCUUAUGAUUAACAAUAAAUAAUUCUGUGAUGCUCUGAACUUUCAUUUAACUAAAGUAAAACCCAUAUUAAACAUUUA